CAUGAAGGGACUAAUAAGCCAGGCCAGUGGAAACAUUCCAGAGUUGAAAAUCCUCUCUGGAACAAGCUUACCUACAUGUGGCCAGUUCUUCCCAGUGGACAACUUAAUGAGGAGUUUGAUUGGCCAAUAGAAGGACUGCUUAUUCCAAACAGUCCUCCCAUGAAGAAAUCCAUCUGUAAGACCCCGGAGCUGUGUGUCCCUAUGAGGCUCAGAGUUCUGCGGAAUGGAGACAAGAAUAAAAAUAGAGCCUUUAUUAUAAUUGGUCCAGACAGCUCACCUGGACGGAAAAUGCAAAAUGUUGACAUUGAAAGGAAAAAGAAUGUGAAAAACCACGUUACUAAAUAUUUUGAAACAGAAACAAUCCAGACCGAAUUUCACCAACUUUUGGAGAGGUGCACUGAAAUUUUAAAUUUACCUUCUGCAGCUCGGAGAUUGUUCAAUGAAAAGGGAAAGGAAAUCUUUGCCCUAAAAGACCUUCAAAGAGAUGAACUGGUAUAUGUUUCAUGUGGAGAACAUUGGAUCAAUCCUGAUGUGUCCAUUGCUCAGCAAAAGAAACAAAUCUUCCUGAGAAACUUAGCAUCAGAUAUUUCUAAAAUUCAAACUUUCUGCAGUAUACGUAAGAUAGAGGCUCUUGUUUUAGAAGUCCAAAGUGAUAUCGUGUCUGGAGCCAAGCUUGCUGUGCAUAAGCCUGUAGCAAUUUUUGGAGAAGAGAAGCAAAUGAUAGGACCAAAGGAAAAGCAAAUGCAAAAAAAUGCUUUAACAAUGGAAAAGGCUUCCAGUGAAAUUCUAGAUUCACAUGCAAGAGCCCAUCUCCGAAUGAAAGCUUGUCACACACUUCUCAGGUAUGCCUGGCAGGAAACUCCUCAUGACUUUGAUGAGGAUGACAGUCUUCCAAAGAAAAUGGAAGAAGAACUCUUUGAAAAUGUGGAACCACAGAAGAAAUACAGCCAUUCUCCAAAGCAGAGUAAAUUGCAGAAGCUUUGCCACCAGCAGUUUGAAUACAGAGAUGGGCAAAUUAUAAGCUGUGCCACUCCUCAGCUAGUUUUGGGAGUUCGAGGUCCUGAUCUGCGCUCAGGCAUGGAGGUAGUUUUGGUGGAGAAGAAAGUGGAUGGUAGUCAUCAACGAUGGAUGCACAAGGAAGGCAGCAGGACCUUUCACCUGGUGAGCAACCCAGACCUUGUUUUGGCAGUGUCUAUGACCAAAACAAGAAAUGAAGCCUGUGGCUAUCCAGUUAUUGUUCAGAAAUACAAACCAUAUAACAAUGGGACGUCCAAUCAAAAGUGGAAUUAUGUGGAAAAUACCAAAGCUUUUAUGGCCUUUCAUAGCACUGCAUUGGAUAAGGAGAUCACAGCAGCAAAUUAUGCUGGUAUUUGUACAUCCUCUGUGCUUAAAGAGGAGAACAUUGAUCAACCAGGAUACUAUUAUCUCUCACCCACUGGAAAGAAAAAAACAAUGCUCUGCUUAGCAUGUGGACAAUCCAUGAGAGCAGAGAAGGGGCUCAAACAGUUGUGUCCAGGACUGCCAUUCCUCUGUGCCUCGGGCUGCAAGACCCAGACACCGUUCUCACGAGGGCCUUUCAAGGUCAUCAGUGUGGCAGAGGCUGAUUUAUCUUCUUAUGAGGCUGAGAAAACGCUAAGUUAUUAUGAAGAACGCCUAUUAUCUUUACGGAUGAAGACCUGCACGCAAGUUGUAUCUCAUAGGGGUACAGCAGCUCUGCACCAGAAGGCAGUGAAAGUAAUUGCAUACAAAAAUGGAGAUGGAUAUCGAAAUGGGAAGUUAAUUGUGGCUGGAACAUUCCCCACACUUCUUACAGAAUGCACGGAGCAACUUGGUCUCACCAGAGCAGCCUCCAAAGUAUAUACCAAAGAUGGGACCACAAUCCUUUCCUUAUGUGAUUUGGUUUUAUGGGCGCUAGAGGAAUCUUUCAUCCAGAGAAACACUGAGGAACAAAAGAAAGAGGCAGUCCCUGUUCGAACAAAGGAGACAACUAUUAAAAAAAACUCAAGAAUGAAAGUGAAAACCAAAUUGUUUCCAAAGUCUGUGACAUCCGAUAGUUUGGAUGGUAUAGAUAAGUCUUUGCUCACUCUCAUCCUCAGAAAUCCCAUUGCCAUCUGGGUAUCUUGUGGUGAACCAUUUCUAUCUCCGAAGGCAUUGCAGAAAGCCCAAAAAUUAGAAAAACAGAAGUGGCUAAAAAAAGACAAAAUUUUGGCUGAUCUAGACACCAUGAAACACAAAAUGAGACUGUUAAAAGGGCGGCGAGUAACAGCACGUCAGCCAGCCGCCAUGGUUCCCAACAAAAGCCCCGUGCAGCCAGUGGUGGUGGAGGGAGGCUGGACUGAGCAGACUCAAGAGGAAAUUAAACUCAAGGAACUCAUAAGACAUACAGAGGCGCACCUUUCUGCAGUUCAAGAACUGCAAGUCAAGAGGAAUUCUCCAGUUGAAACGACACAUCCUGCACGCAGGUACUGCAGUGUCUAUCAGCAGCCGGAUGCAAAACGAGUAUGGAUUCAUCUAAAUGGAGGCAGACCUGAAGAUGGCACUUACGCCUGGGGCAAAACCAUUUCAGAGCUGCUGGAUGACUGCUCCUCACGUCUUAAAUUGGCCCGCCCAGCCAGAAUACUGUACACCCCCAGUGGAGAACCAAUUCACUCGUGGGACGACAUAGAGCGAGACAUGGUCAUCUGCGUGUCCACAGGACAUGGCUUUAUAACCCAAAAAGAGUUAAAGCAACUGAUGGAGGUCAGAGCAAAUUAUGCCAGAAUCCGAAGGCAGCAGGGCCCUGAAGCCACAAACAUCGUGGCGUCACAACCUGACAAGCUGCAAUUUCCAGUACAUCUACACAGUUAAUUUCUAUGAGAGCCAUCGCAUUUUGUGCUGUAUUUUGCACAUAGGGUAACCUACGUGUGUACACUCACAUGCUUGUGAUCAGAUGACAAUUAUUCAUCCUUUUUAAUUUUGUAUAGUAUCUUUUUAAAAAAAAUUUUUUAAUUUUUAAUUUUAUUUUAUUAUGUUAUGUUAAUCACCAUACAUUACAUCAUUAGUUUUUGAUGUAGUGUUCCAUGAUUCACUGUUUGCGUAUAACACCCAGUGCUCCAUGCAGAACGUGCCCUCUUUAAUACCCACCACCAGGCUAACCCUUCCCCCCCCCCUCCCCUCUAGAACCCUCAGUUUGUUUCUCAGAGUCCAUAGUCUCUCAUGGUUCUUUCAAAAAAGUUAUUACCCUCCACAUUUUUACAUAGAAUGGCAUUUGAUGCCUCAAAUAUGUUCUUGGAAAGACAACAAAACUAGACAAAAUAAUGUCAGUAAAAUAACUAUCUCAGGUGUACUUUCUUCCAAAAAAAAUCAGGAAACUAUUAUUAUUGAAAAAUAAUUUAGUGCAGUCAAGUGAUAUUUUAUAUUUAUAUAUACAUACACAUAUAUAUAUAUACACACACCCCCACAUACCCAUAUACACACGUGUAAUUUAUAUUUGUUUAUUAUAAAUACAUUGUAUGUAUUUAUAUAUGUA